AUACACAGGGAAGGAAGAGAGACAACUAUAUACUGUAUACAGACAGGGUCACACACAGAUAUAUACUGCCAGAUAGUGAGAUAGGGGCACAAAUACCUAUAUACAGUGUAUACUGUCAGAUAGUGAGAUAGGGGCACACUUACAUAUAUACAGUAUAUACUGACAGAUAGUGAGAUAGGGGCACACACACCUAUAUACAGUAUAUAUAUAUAUAUAUAUAUAUAUAUAUAUAGUGAGAUAGGGGCACACACACCUAUAUACAGUAUAUACUGCCAGAUAGUGAGAUAGGGGCACACACCUAUAUACAGUAUAUACUGCCAGAUAGUGAGAUACAGGCACACACACCUAUUUACAGUAUAUACUACCAUAUAGUGAGAUAGGGGCGUGCACACCUAUAUACAGUAUAUACUGCUAGAUAGUGAGAUAGGGCGCACACACCUAUAUACAGUAUAUACUGCUAGAUAGUGAGAUUGGGGCAUAUACACCUAUAUACAGUAUAUGCUUUCAGAUAGGGACACACACACCUAUAUACAGUAUAUACUGCAGGAUAGUGAUAUUGAGGCCUAUACACCUAUAUACACUAUAUACUGCCAGAUAGUGAGAUAGAAACAUACACUCUCUCAACAUCCUGUCAGACAGUGAGAUAGGGACACCCAUAUCAAAAUAUAUAUACUGGCCAAAAAAUACAGCACUAUACAGCUGAUUUUACAAUCAGAGUAAUAUAAAAACAGAGCUAUGAUUACUAAAAGUCAGAUCACUUUGAGCACUCACAUUAGGAAAUGUGUUUUUGUUCUAUAGAAAAACCUACAUCUUGUCAGAGAGUCAACUUUGAAGACUGCAAGUGACUGAGUCAUGUCAUUCUAUCGCUUUCCCUUCUCAUCCUGCGCGCUCCGCUCUCUUCAGGAGGAUGCAGAGCAGCAGGAGCGGUGGGAGCUACGCAAGCGCAUGAGCCGAGGAACCAGGAAAUAUACUUUGCCUACAGAGACUGAGGAAAGGUCCCCAAUGAUCUGCACAGACCCUAUUAUACACAAUGCUCUGUUUAGUGGAGACAUAUCUGCUCUGCAAGGCUUUCAGCGGACACUAUGCUCACCAAAACUACUCCUUCCCACGCGGAACCACAACUUGCGCUGGAGCAGCCAACAAACUGGGAUCUGGUCUAUGACCUAUGAGGAGGAGUUCACUUGCCCCUUGUAUGUCACUGCAAGUCGUGGGUACACUGAUUGCCUUCAAUUACUCCUCAAGGAAGGAGCAGAUGUUGAUUUUUCCCCUGGUGGAGAAAGUGCCCUGCACGGUGCCUGUGAGAAUGCACAUUCCGAGUGUGUAAAUCUUCUUCUAAGAUAUGGGGCAAAUCCCAAUUCAGUGUCUCAAGAUGGAACCCUUCCCCUGCACCUCUGCAAGGCUUCUGAGUCCUAUAAUUGUGCAAAGCUGCUCUUGCAGUAUGGUGCCCAUGUCAACAGUCAGAGCCACGAUGAUGAAGACACACCACUGCACGUGGCUUCAAAACAUGGUCUGUGGGAACUGGUUGAACUUUAUCUGAGUUAUGGAGCCAAUGUUGACAAGAAAAAUGCACAGGGAGAAACACCCCUAUGUGCUGCCUGCAGUCAUCCCCAGAACCCAGAGGAGCUAGAGCGAUACUAUAUGGUAUGCAAGCGCAUAAUAGAAGAUGGUGCCAACAUACACGCCUGUGACAAUGACCAGCAGAGCCCACUUCACCUGGCCUGUAAGAGUGUUAACCCACGAGUGGUCGACUUGCUGUUGAGCCAUGGAUCACAGGUGAAUGCAAUGAGUUACAGUGGGAACACAGCCAUGCAUAACAUCCUACAAGUGACUGCAUACAAGUUACAGAACCAGCCUGAACUCAUUGCACGUAUGCUGCUCAACCAUGGGACCAUCCGAGUGUGGCCAGGUGCACUUGUAAAGGUGCUGCGCUACUGCUCGUCCUCACCUAGGACAGUGGAAGUUCUGCUGAACACCUACAGCUACGUUCGUGUCACCGAAGAGUGGGCAGAUGCAGUGCCAGAGGAGCAGAAGCAGGUAUGUCCCACAAUACUACUGUACAUCUGA